UGAAGUCGUUUCUAAACCUUCUCUCGAUAAGUAAGUUAUAGACAUGGAGCUCUUUUUGUAAGGCAGAGAAGAGAAGAAAACAAAAACACAAGUAAUGGAGAGUCAACAUUUAUCAAUGCUAUAUGCAGCAGCAAACAAAGGUUGUACACAAACCUUAAACUCCUUAAUCCAAACUGAUCACUUGAUUCUUAAUAAAAUCUCACUCUCGUCUUUCGCGGAAACUCCGUUGCACGUAUCCUCUCUACUCGGCCAUCUUGAUUUCACCGUAGCUGUUCUUGAAAAAUGCCCGGGAAUGGCUACGAAGCUCGAUUCUCUUCGACGCUCUCCUCUUCACUUAGCUUCUGCAGAAGGCCAUACUGAUGUUGUUAAAGCUUUGUUGUCUGUAAACAGAAGUGUUUGUUUGGGUUAUGAUGAAGAAGGUAGGAUUCCUCUCCACUUGGCUGCCAUGAGAGGCAAUCUUGAAGCUGUACGAGAGUUGGUUAGGUCUUAUCCUGAGUCGAUUUUUCAUGAGUUGCUUGAGGCUGAAGAUACAGUUCUACACUUGUGUGUGAAAUAUAACCAAUUGGAUGCUUUGAAACUGUUGAUGGAAAUGGUGGAUGAUGAUGAGUUUAUCCUUAAAGCUAAUCGAGAUGGGAAUACUGUCUUGCAUUUAGCUGCCAUGCUCAAGCGAUUAAAGAUGAUAAAGUACCUGAUUUCUUUACCUCAAGUAAAAGAAAACAUGAAUUCCUUCAACAGAAUGGGAUUAACAGCCUUGGAUCUGCUACAACAAUGUUUCAGGGACUUUAAAAGUCUCGACAUUCUACGAGAAGCCGGUGCUAAAAGAGCAGUAGAUGUCAAGCUAAAUCGCAAUCUUGCAACAACUACAAUCGAACAACCAACACUGUCUGUUCCCAUACAUACCCCGUCGAAACAAAUAUCAUGGUUUCAGAAAUGCAUGAAAUACAUACAAUACAACAUACAAGAAACACGAGGCGCACUGAUGAUCGUAGCAACUGUGAUAUCAACCAUGACUUUCGAAGCUGCACUGAACCCACCCGGCGGUGUUUGGCAACAAACUUUCGCAAAUUCCGAAGGUGGUCCGGUUUGUUCCGAAACAAACAUCUGCGAAGCGGGAACUUCUGUAUUAGCUUAUUCAUACCCGAGCGCAUACGCUUAUUUCAUGCUAUGGAAUGGUAUUGCUUUUUUUGCGUCACUAUGCGUCGUGGCUUUGGUGGUAAGUGGAUUUCCUCUGAGGAAUAAAUUGUGUGUGUGGCUUCUAGCGCAAGCAAUAGGUAUCACGUUGAUUUUUCACGCUGAGAGCUAUAUUAUGGGUGCACUUCUGGUUACCCCCUUCAAAUUAAGAUCGGAAGCGUUAAAUGUGGAUAGGAUCAUGUUUUGGACUUUGGUUGGGGUGAUUAUUUUUGCUAGCGUUAUUGAUUUUUUCCGGUUUCUUAUCUGGACGGUGAAAAAGGUUCGGAGAGGUUGGUGUAAGGUUAAAAGUUACUACGGAAAUUGAAUUAUAGGCUUUUAUAAAACAAUUAUCAUUGUUCGAUUUCUUAUAUAUAUUAGUAACUGAACUUUUAUUUUUAUAA